AUGUAUAAUAGCUCUGUACUGAGGAAAAGUUUUAUUAAAAAAGUGGAAAGAAUAAAGAUAGAAAAACUGAGAAACAAGGAAAAGAAUGAGAGAAAAGAAAAAAGUAGAAAGAAUAAAGAUAGAAAAGUUGAGAAAAAAAGGAAAAGCAUAAUAGAAAUGAAAAAAGUAGAAGAAAAAUGA